AUGCGGCUGGUUUCCGCAUUGGCGGUCCUGGCCGCCGCCUUGCCCUUUCAUGUCGAGUGCUCACGCCUGACUCCCCCCGUGCUGCCUCUGAUCGUGCGCAACCCUUAUCUCAGCACCUGGCUGGGUAACGCAAGAGAUGUACCGUGGGAGAAAUGGCCUAUGUUUUGGACCGGUCAAGAAAUUGGCUUCUCAAUCCUCGCCAGUGUCCCAGAGAAAAGGACCGCAUACCCGCUGCUGGGAAGACCCCACGACUCGCUCCGGAAGGACGAUGACAACUAUACUAUCUCCUCGCCAAUCUACCGCGGUGCCGUCUAUGAUGCCUCGACUACGAAUCUGUCCUACACCCUACCGCUUCCUACGCUCUACCCCGAAUCUAGCCAAAUUGACAUCACUAUCUCUUUUUUGUCUCCUAUAACUCCCACGUCGACUGUCAGACAAUCUAUCCCUGCGAGCUAUGUCACUGUUUACGUUUCGGGCAAUGUGCCCGUGGAUAUCUAUAUUGACCUCAACGGCCAAUGGGUCAGCGGUGACCGGGGAAGCAAGAUAGUCUGGGGUCUUGAUCAUACAGCUUUGGAGGGUAUGUCUCACGGUUUCAAGACCUGGAAGGUCCAGAGGGCAGUGGAACAACUCUUCACCGAAUUUCAAGAUCGUGCUGAAUGGGGUACACUUUACUUCUCUGCACCUUCUGACGUGCGACAUGAGGCCGGUGUUUCGGCUCGGCUGAGGCAACAAUUUGCCCGGCACGGGAAUUUGCAAGACAAGAUCGACCACGAAUUCCGGUCUAUCAUGGACCAGGAACCUGUCUUCGCAUUCUCCAAGUCUUUUGACCUCAACAGCACCCAAUCCACUGACCAGAGCAUCACAUUUACGAUUGCCCACGUUCAGGAUCCCGUUGUCCAGUUUGCCGCGGCGCGGGGGCUUACUUACAUGCGUCCCUUAUGGGAAUCCUACUUCCCAACUGUCCAAGAAUUGCUCACCUUCCACUACCUCGAUUUUGACCAUGCCAGCCUGUUGGCGGCCAACUACUCGGCGCAGUUGGCCAUUGACGCAUUCCAAUCCGGUGCCGAGGACUACGUCGACAUCGUUGCUCUUUCGGCUCGUCAGGUCCUGGGAGCCACCAGCUUCUCAGGCACGCCAGAUGAUCCGAUCCUCUUCUUGAAGGAAAUCUCUUCCAACGGAAACUUCCAAACCAUUGACGUUAUAUUCCCCGCCUUUCCGUUCUUUCUGUACACGAAUGCACGAUGGCUGGGAUAUCUGCUUGAACCGCUAAUUGAGCACAUGCUGAGUGGACAAUAUCCAAAUAAAUAUGCAAUGCAUGACCUUGGUUUUCAUUUCCCAAAUGCCACAGGCCACCCACUCGGACAAGAUGAGUACAUGCCAGUAGAGGAGUGUGGAAAUAUACUCAUCAUGGGACUGGCAUUGGCGAAUGCCUUGAAGAAUGAUGCGGGCUGGACUGCUUCCGCCCCGUGGCAGCCGAUGAGUGGUGUCCCCAGCCCGACCCCCUCGUCGGAUAGCCUUGCUCCUUUGUCGGUAGGUAAGGAAGGCGGCAUUCUCUACAUUGACGACGCUUGGGUGGGUCGACCUGAGAGUGUGAAGAGCGCCCAAAGGUGGGUGCGCAGGAGCUAUCGGCUGUGGAAACAGUGGACAAGUUAUCUGGUUGAGUUUUCCCUGCUACCUCACAAUCAGCUAUCAACCGACGACUUUGCUGGCUGGCUGGCCUUGCAAACAAACCUGGCUCUAAAGGGCAUCAUUGGCAUCAAAGCCAUGGCUGGCCUCGCAGAGCUCACGGAUAAUUACGAAGAUGCCAAAGUGUUUAACAAUAUCUCUAAAGUCUAUAUUGAAAAGUGGGAAGAAUAUGGUAUUUCUCGAGAUAAAACCCAUGCUAAGGUCGCCUACAAUUGGUAUGGCUCGUGGACUACCACGUACAAUCUGUACGCGGACAGUUUGCUCUGUUUCCACUUGGGUUCGGACAAUUCGUCGACGACAAAGACCUCAAUUGCUGGGCGUUAUGAAUAUCAGAAACCCCUCAAACACCACAUUCCUGGGGACAAAGAUGGAUUCGUGCCGAAACACAUAUAUCAGAUGCAGAGCGAUUGGUACUAUGCCGUACGUCAGAAAUACGGUUUGCCUCUUGACUCGCGACAUCUAUACACGAAGACGGACUGGGAAUUUUUUGCCAUGGCCGUCGCCGCCCCGAAAGUCCGCGCCAAUAUCUUGCAAUCUGUCGCGCAAUGGGUGAACGAAACAGUGACAGAUCGACCAUUUACCGACCUACACAUGACAGAAGGGAGAGGAGAAUUUCCCGGUCCAAACUUUUUCGCGAGGCCCGUUGUUGGAGGACAUUUUGCAUUUUUGACACUGGGACAAGCGUGUAACGGUCGAGCUAUGGAGGGUCUGAGGUACCUCAAUGACGAUGUCACGAAAAAGAUGGAUGUCCAAAGCAUAUUGGAUGCAGAAAGAGCUGAGGCUGAAUGGCACUCAAUGGAGCUGUAA